UUUGAUCAAUAAUACCCUUAUAAGUAAAAAAAUUAUAAUAAUAGAAUAUGAGACGGCCUAGUCUCACUCUUUCAAAAGAAAAAUAGUUAUUAAAUAUUAAUGUAUUUAAUAAUUACCCACAAAACUUAUAUGCAUAUACUGAUCGAUCGAUAAGGAGGGUGUUAAUGGUGCUCAAAUAUUUUAUAAUUUUCAUUCACUUUCUUUCUUAACACAUACUCUAUGUGGUAGUGGAACUGUGGACUAUGUCUCUAUUAUUAUUUUUUUAAAAAAAAGGAAAUAAAGAAAGAAAACACUGUAUGGCCAACUUUCUAGUUUUAGCAUGUAUGAACUCUAAUACAAGAGGAGGGUCCUCUCAUUAAAUAAUAAUAAUAAAAAAAAAAUUAAAAAAAAAAUUCAAUUAUAUGUCCUUGGCACAUACCUCUCCCUUCUCCUACAAACAAAGUUAUAAAUCAUAAUUGAUCCACAAUCUUAGAACUUCAUUUUUAUCACUAACAAUUAAAUAAACUCCCUAUAUAUCCUUAUUAUUAUUGCUAAUAUUCCUCCCUUCAUCAUUAAAAAAAUCCAAAAAUAUAAUAAAAUGCCAUCCAUUUAUUCAAUUCCAUUAAAAAAACUCCAAAAUCCAUCUUCCUUAAUUUCACUCCUACGUAACACAAACCCUAAUUAUGAAACUUCAUCCAAAAAAUCAACCUCUAAAAAACCCUCCUCCUCUAAAGGCGGUCUUUUAAAGAUGUUCAAGUUGUUCCCCCUCCUUACAUCCGGGUGUAAGGUGGUGGCACUACUCGCGAAGUCCCACCACCUUCGCCGUCCCAUGAUAUCCGAUCAUGCAACCAUCAUCACCCUCUUUGGCACGAGGCGAGGUCGUAUAACCCUAGCCAUCCAAGAAAACCCUCAUAGCAUACCUUUCUUUAUGAUUGAGCUACCUAUCCUUAGUUCAACUUUUUACAAAGAAAUGUCAUGUGACAUUUUAAGGGUUGCCCUAGAAAGUGAGACUAAAACACACAAAAAAAAGGUUAUGGAAGAAUUUGUUUGGGCUAUUUAUUGUAAUGGUAGGAAAGUAGGGUACUCCAUUAGAAGGACUCAAUUGUCCGACGAUGAAGUCCAUGUUAUGCAAAUGCUUCACGGUGUGUCUAUGGGUGCCGGAGUUUUACCUCCUUCACCUAAUGAUCAGCAACAACGUCGUAGUCGUGAUCAUCGUAACGAUGGUGGUGGUGGUGAUGGUGAUGAGAAGAUUGAGAAAGAUGAUGGUGAUCAAUUUACUUAUUUGAGAGCAAGAUUUGAUAGAGUUGUAGGGUCUAAGGAUUCUGAGGCAUUGUAUAUGAUUAAUCCUGAUUAUUCUGAAGGGCCUGAGUUGAGUAUUUUCUUUGUAAGAGGUUCAUUUAAGUAGAUUUUUUGUGUUAAUUUUUGUACUUAAUUAAUUAUAUCAAUUCAAAUCAUAUAAAUGUAAUAUCUUUGUCAAGAUAAGUUCGUUGAUAAAAAGAAAGGUGCAAAUCUACAUGUACAAUAAUAUUGCUAUAAAAAAAUG